AUGGGGCCGUCGACUUCCACCACCACAACUCCCACAAAGUCUGCCCUGACUCGUCGGAGAAGGAGUGCUCUUCUCGAAGCCACGGAGGAUGUCUUUUACGGAUCCGUCGCCGGCGUCGUCGGUAAGUACAUCGAAUACCCCUUCGACACAGUCAAGGUGCGUCUCCAGAGCCAGCCGGACCACCUACCGCUACGAUACGCCGGACCGCUCGACUGCUUCCGCCAGUCCUUCGAGGCCGAGGGCCUGCGGGGCCUAUACCGCGGCAUCAGCGCGCCGCUGGUCGGCGCCGCCGCCGAGAACAGCAGCCUGUUCCUGUUUGAGAGCGUGGGGCGCGAGGCCCUGUUCAGCACGGGGCUGGCGUCGCGGGAGAAGGGCCUGUCCCUCCCGCAGCUCUGGGCCACGGGCGCCUUCUCGGGGGCGCUGACGUCCUUCGUCCUCACGCCCAUCGAGCUGGUCAAGUGCAAGAUCCAGUCUCCCGCCCUGGCGGCGGAGGCGGGCCCCAACGGUGGCCCCGCCGCCCCGCUACGACCCUUCGCCGUCGUCCGCGACAUCUUCAAGUACGAGGGUCUCCGGGGCUUCUGGCACGGCCAGAUGGGCACCCUGAUCCGCGAGGCGGGAGGGUGCUCCGCCUGGUUCGGCGCCAAGGAGACCACCACGACCCUGUUCUACAACAUGGCCAUCGCCAAGGCCUCCUCGGACGAGGAGCGCCGCCGCAUCCGCUCCAACCCCCUCCCGCUCUGGCAGCAGGCCAUCGCCGGGGCCUCGGCUGGCGUCUCGUACAACUUCCUCUUCUUCCCCGCCGACACCAUCAAGUCCCGCAUGCAGACCAUGCCCGUCGGCGGCCUCCAGGCCAAGCGGACCUUUUGGAACGAGGGGCUUGCCCUGUGGAGACAGCACGGCCUGCGUGGGAUGUACCGCGGCUGCGGGAUCACCUGUCUGCGCUCUGCACCGAGCUCCGCCUUUAUCUUCAUGGUUUACGAUGGCCUCAAGCGCCGAUUCCCUCUUCACUGA